GGUCUUGGGAGUGGCGGAGCGGGUCCUCCGGGGCUGUCAGCUGUGGCCUGGGGCGCCCGGGCCCGGGUGGCCCCGACCAUUGGCCGAGACGCGAGCGGGGCGGGGCCGCCGCCAGCCGCUGCGGGCCAAGCUGAGCAGGCGGUGGAAGGCGGCGGGCCGGGAAGGCACAACCCGAGCUGCUGCAUUCGGCCUGGCCAUGGCAACGGCGCCCCUGAAAGUGUGCAUCGUUGGCUCAGGGAACUGGGGUUCAGCUGUUGCAAAAAUAAUUGGUAAUAAUGUCAAGAAACUUCAGAAGUUUGCUCCUACCGUCAAGAUGUGGGUCUUUGAAGAAACCGUUAAUGGAAGAAAACUGACAGACAUCAUAAAUAAUGACCAUGAAAAUGUAAAAUAUCUUCCUGGACACAAGCUGCCAGAAAAUGUGGUGGCUGUCCCAAAUCUCAGCGAGGCCGUGCAGGAUGCAGACCUGCUGGUGUUUGUCAUUCCGCACCAGUUCAUCCACAGAAUCUGUGACGAGAUCACCGGGAGAGUGCCCAAGGAAGCGCUGGGGAUCACCCUCAUCAAGGGUAUAGAUGAGGGUCCUGAGGGGCUGAAGCUCAUUUCUGACAUCAUCCGAGAGAAGAUGGGCAUUGACAUCAGUGUGCUGAUGGGAGCCAACAUUGCCAAUGAGGUGGCCGCAGAGAAGUUCUGUGAGACCACCAUCGGCAGCAAAGUAAUAGAGAAUGGCCUUCUCUUCAAAGAACUUCUGCAGACUCCAAAUUUUCGGAUUACUGUGGUUGAUGAUGCAGACACUGUUGAACUUUGUGGUGCUCUUAAGAACAUCGUGGCUGUGGGAGCCGGGUUCUGCGACGGCCUCCACUGUGGAGACAACACCAAAGCUGCCGUCAUCCGCCUGGGACUCAUGGAAAUGAUUUCUUUUGCCAGAAUCUUCUGCAAGGGUCAGGUGUCCACAGCCACCUUUCUGGAGAGCUGUGGAGUAGCCGACCUGAUCACCACCUGCUAUGGAGGGCGGAACCGCAGGGUGGCGGAGGCAUUUGCCAGGACUGGGAAGACCAUUGAAGAACUGGAAAAGGAAAUGCUGAAUGGGCAGAAGCUCCAAGGGCCUCAGACUUCUGCUGAAGUGUACCGCAUCCUCAAGCAGAAGGGACUGAUGGACAAGUUUCCCUUGUUCACUGCAGUGUAUCAGAUCUGCUAUGAAGGCCGACCCGUUCAAGAAAUGUUGUCUUGUCUCCAGUGUCAUCCAGAGCAUAUAUAAAGGGAAUCAUGCAACGUGUUGGGAAAUUCUGCCUUCUGAUCUGAAACCGAGACCUGGCACCAUGAUGUUGGCUCGAGUCUAAUCCCAUCAAGGAUGUGUAUGAAUUUUUACAGGUUCAUUUUUGAAUUAGGAGAGGGAGUUCCUUGGUUAAGACGUACCAGGCAACAACUGAACACACAUAUGAAUGUGCGAGUGUGUGUUUGUGUCUCAUGCUGUGGGUGUUUCUACCAACCAAAAUUAAAUGUCCUUUUUAAAAAUCGUUUUUGAAAUUUCCCCACUGUAGUAGCUUAUAAAAUUGGAACCAUCUCAGCUAAAUGUGUUAGAUGUAAUCCAUAUGCACAUGAGUGGGGGAAUUUUUUUUUUCUCUUUCUUUCGAUGUUGAAAUUUAACCAGCAUUAACAUGGUAGUUAGAGUGGAGGAGUGAAUGUGUUCACAGAUCAACUGAUUUAACUUUUAAACACUAUCUCAAAGCCAGCAUAAUUAACUGCUUUGAUUGUGGGGUGAUUUUUUUUAACAAUUAGAUAUUUUAAAUCAGGUGAUCCACUUACAUACUUCCCUCUCACUGCAGUUCUCUGCAUUUUUAGCCUUUGUUCCUUCAUUAGCUGCCAGAAUAUGCUUCUGUAAAGGGUCAGCGGCAACAGAAGACAGAAUGCUCACCCGGGACUUCCCUGCUGUGACUGACACAUUCUUCUGGUUUACCACAGUUAGUUAGGGCUUUUUUGCACACAUGUCUAGCCUCGCAGAUCCCUGAGAGGCCACGGUUAUGCUUUUCUUGUAAAGAUGCAGCCACUCUGCCUGGUGACCAAGCGAGCUGGGGCAGAGCCAGGAGUGAAGUGCCGCACCAAGGCGCAAGAGCGUCAAAGAAGCCACAGGGCUGAUUCCACCUCCAGCUCACUGGCUAUGGCAAACACCGUGCACAGCCCUUCCUGAAGCACAGGAGGGUGUCCUGAGGUUUGGGCAGGUCAUCAUCUCCAUGGGCACCACUCUACGUGUGGUCUUUAGUCAGCAACAUCAGCUUCACUUGGGUGUCUUAGACGUGCAGGUUUGUGGGUCCUACCCCAGACUCCUGACGUGCUGUGCUAAGUGAGCCUCAGCUUGUCUUCUGGGUGUUUCUGAUGCUUAACUACAGUCUGAGAACCACUAUUUUAGAAAAUUGACUUUAGCUUGGCUCUCCUCAAACCAUGAUCUGCAGGUAGUGAGUGUCCUGUGGUUGUUCCAGGUGUUCCCCAGAAAGGGCAAAUGAGUUUGGGAAAAGCUACGUCUAUACCCCCCGCCCAAAGGUAUAGAAUGUAUCUUAAUAUGUAAGUGGGACUUGUUUACAUAAACUAGCAAGUCCCAGGGAUGUCAGAUACCGGCAUUUUUGGCAAGGAAAUUUGCCAGCGUCUCUGAGGAACACUGUUCUAAGCUGAGGUAACCUUAUGACAAGUCAAGGAGACCCUUGAUUCCCUGCAAGAAAUUAAGAUGAGUAACUACCUGUGGUAUUGUUAGUUCUGAACUUUUACAGUUCAGGUCUGCCAUGAAUCUUUAUCGAAGCUUUAAGGUGGCACUGUCCUACAACCAAGUAGAUGUCAACGUCACUGAAACGCACAUUGUAUGGAGUAAGUGCUUUUAAUUCUAGAAUGAGAAUGGGAAUUACUGCACCUUAAUUUUAAACGAGAUUGGUUUCAGAAUAGCAUUAUACAGUUACCUUAUGUAUCAGUUGAUAAGUAUUAAAGGAACCAUGUGAAUGUAAUUUAUAUACUCAUGAAAUUCCACUUAACUUUGUAAGAUUUGGGCCUGCCCUCCAACCCCAGUUUGGGAUUUUUUUCCUUGUCUCCCUGAAAUGAUUAUAGAAUCGAUUUUCAUGGAAAUUUUAAAAACUCUAAAACAUUUUGGUGGGCAGUUUAAAGCCCCAUACACAGAAGUAAAUGAAAGCACACAAAAUGUUACAAGUUUCAGCGGUUUUAGUACCACCGUUAAGUUAAUCAGUUCUUGCUUGUCUCAUGAUAAAUCUUUUUUAAAGUUUGUACAUAGGUAACAGAGUUACUUUUUAAGAUACAUAAAGGGCUGUAAGCUAAUUGUGUCUGUUAAGAAGGGUAAUGAGAUGUGAGGAAUUGGGAUUCUGUGUGUUUUGUGUAUUCUCAUCCGCAUUCCGCUUCCUGCUCUGGGUUUUGUACUUGAGUGUUUUUCCUGUAAACAAAUGCCCUCAAAAUUACCACUCUGAAGUCGGCUGACUGUACCUCUUGAACAUACUUACAAUAUUCUGCACAUUAUGGAAAAAGGUAAAUUUUGUAAGUUUAUGCUUUGCUAACUAUAGAUAUUUAUUCCUCUGCAAGUUAUCUAUUUUUGUAAUCAUCUGUGGUUCAUCAUGUAUUUUAAUUCACAUUUCUUAUUAAUCAUGGUAUUACAAAGAGGGAGACCCCAAGAUUGGAAGUUGAGUUUGUACUAUUUUAGCCAAUCUGUGAAUGUAAAAACUACACUGUUGCCUUGAUCUAAUCCACCCUACUAUAAUGUAGAACAAGUAUCUGUCUUGAAAUCCACCCCAGGAGAUGGGGUUGAGCUAAACCUCUGGUUUUUCAUUUAACUCUUUAACUAGAUCAUGGUCCCAUGGCACCAACCUAGGGGGAGGGUAUUGUGGUGAGGUGCUGGUGUACAAAGGGAAUACUGGUUUUUCCAUAAGUUCUUACCUGCUAACCUUUUUCUUACAUGUGUACUGUAUUUGUUUACAGACUAUAGGUGGAUAUAUAAUUUAAAAGCCUGGUUUAAUAAACAUUUAACCCCCCAAA